AUGUCUGAGAAGGUGGGGACUUUUAGAGCUGAACAUGUCAUGGGACAUGGCAUUAUCUUAGUUGUGUCAGAUGCCGAGGACACUUCUAUGCUGCGAGUGCAUGGACUUAGAAAGCCCAUCCACGAGAAGACCAAAGAGAUAAAAGCUGCGAAUGCUCGCUCUGCCUCUUCUCUAGAUACGACCAUGUUUCAGAUUGCUCAGAAUGAAUUAUUGACCACUGACAUCCUAUAUUAUCAGGCGGCCGCUAAUCUGCAGGUCAAGGCUGAUGUGGACGCGGCGAAGAGGCGGAUCUCCGAGCUGGAGAAGGAGGUUAAGGACCUCAAGGCUACGCUUGAGCCUCUCAAAGAGGCGGACUCUGAAGCAGCCGGACUCCGCACCCGGGUGGACAAACUCAAGGCCAGGCUGCAAAACCAGGAUGUCCUGGAAGAGGAAGAGGAGGAGGAGGAGGAGUCGUCUGAUUCGGCCGAGGGGUCUGACCAGGUGGGGGAGCAGGAAGCUGAAGAGGACCAGGAGCUGGCUGGGGAAGAGAAGGAUGUGGCUGCUGACACUGAGAAGCCCCCUCCUGAAGCUUAA